AUGCACCUUUCACUCGUCAAUCUAAUCGCCCUCGUCACUUUACACCACUUUCAAAUCUCAUCUCAUGCAUAUAUCUACGACAUCGCCACCUCACACUUACUCGCCCAUCUGUUCGCCAAACUGACACAAGCACCCUUCGCAUCUCUCGAUGUUCAUCUGCUAGUGGCUGGUGCUCGACAAGAGUUGGGUGUGCCUCUGACUGCUGACCGACCAGCAAUUUGUCUUCUCAAAAUUCAGGGUCAGCUGAGUCUUUCAUUGGCCAAUCUCGCCGUCAGGGUUGUAUAUCAGUGGGCCUUGACCUCUCCUGUCUUGGAUGCAAAUCUGGAAUGA